AUGCCUGGGAGAGGAAUCAAUAUGGAUCUCGUGAGGAAGAGUGGGAUUACUGCGAGGGAUUAUCUGGCCAAUUUGGACCCGAGAUAUUUGGAGUGCUUCUGGCAAAAAGGCAAGUGGCGCCAGGUUCACGGUGAUGGUAAGGCGGAGAUUUAUGGUGCCUAUGUCACGAGGAGCAUGGAGACAACUACUGCGCUACCAGAGUACCGGAUUCAGGUUCUAUACCUAAAGAAGCCUAUGUUGAACUUCACCCUACCGGGAAGCAUAAACAAGGACGGCACCUCCAAUCCCUCCUACCCCCCAGGAGGUUAUCGAUGCCAUUGA